AUGUGGGCAGCGGCCCCUCUCCUGCUCCUGCUCCUGCUGCCGCUGCCGCUGGCGCUGGCGCGGCUGUGGCGGCGCGGGGCGGCGCGGCUGGAGCCGGCCGGGCGGGCCGUGCUCAUCACGGGCUGUGACAGCGGCUUCGGGCACCUGCUGGCGCUGCGCCUGCACCGCCUGGGCUUCACCGUGUUCGCGGGCUGCCUGUGCCCCGGCGGGGACGGCGCGCGGCGGCUGCAGCGGGAGGCGGGCGGCGCGGGCCGGCUGCGCGUCCUGCGGCUCGAUGUGACCCGCGCCCGCGACGUGCGCGCCGCCAAGGAGCUGGUGCUCAGCCACCUGCCCGAGCGAGGUUUCUGGGGCCUUGUCAACAAUGCAGGAAUAUCAACAUUUGGUGAGACAGGCUGGCUGCCUAUGGAGACAUAUGAAAAAUUUGCAGAUGUGAAUCUCCUUGGGAGCAUCAGAACAACCCUGGCAUUUCUUCCCCUUCUAAGGAAAUACAAGGGACGUAUUGUUUUCAUGUCCAGCAUCAUUGCCUAUUUUACUCUGGGAAAUGGCAUUUAUUCUAUGACCAAGGCAGCUAUUGAAAAAUUUUGUGAUGCUUUAAGACUGGAAAUGAAGAAGUUUGGUGUCCAGGUCUGUAUUAUCCAGCCAGGAAAUUAUGCACGCUCUACAAAAAUUCAGCCACUGCUCAGUGCCGAAGAGAUCUGGAGUGAGCUGAGCGAAGAGGAAAAGGCUGUUUACAACAAGGAGUACGUUCAAGAGCGGGCAAACUUUUUCAACAGCAUCCUCAGUGAGGGAAGCACUAAUGGCAAUGAGGUGGUCGACGCCAUGGUGGAUGCUCUAACAUCUCCUGCGCCCAAGGCACGGUACAUGGUGGCGAAGCUGAAGGAGAAGGCCCUGGUGUUGGUGUGUGCUUUGUUCCCGACUGCUGUGAUGGAUUCUGUUCUGUCUUAUGCUCUGAGCAAGGUAAAGCUUGCAUAGCCUGCAGUGGUGCUAUUCCCUGACUCAGGUGAGGCAGUUUAUCAAAUGUGAGAGGCAGAGCUGGACUGAAUGCUCCCAUGUGUUAGAACGGUGACUCCGAUUAACCAGUACAAACUCUGAGGAGUCCCCCUAGUCAGAACUGUCACUGACUGCUACAGAAAAACAUACAGGACCCUGUGUAAAAUUAAAGCAUUUGUUUAAGUAACGUUAUCUCUUCCCUGUGGAAAAACCCCAUCCACAUAAGCCACUUUAGUUAUUGCCUGGAAAAUUUAAUACAUCAUUUUCUAAAGCAAUAGCAGGUUAUUGUGUUACAGCCAUGAUGCAGACAAAAUGGACUGCAUCCACAGGGCAGCUGUACACCUGAAGUCAUUACAGCAGAGAGCAAAAGCCCUUGCUUGUAGAAACCUGAGUAGCCAUAUAUUCAGGGUGAUAGUAAGAGGUUAAUGGAAAAGUCAUAGAAAUGAGCAUUGGACCUCAAAUACUUUGAAUUGAGUUAAAUGGCUGUAGCAAGUUAGGAAGUCUUGAAGCUCUGAGCAACCUGGUUUAGUGAAAGGUGUUCCUGCCCACAAUAGGGGGCUGGAAUUUCAUGAUCUUUAAGAUCCCUUCCAACCCAAACCAUUCUGUGAUUCUAUGAACAAUAAAGUUGUAAUAUGAAAACAUCCUUUUUCAAGUGUUCUGGAUAAAUUUUACAAAGCAGACACAUCACAGACUUCAGAAAACAAGUUACAUAUUCCAUUUAUAAAUGAGUAUUUAAUCCUAAAUAAUCUCUAUCCUUUAAUGUCUGGAUUAAUCAAUGUGUUGACCUGAAGUGUAGUGAGAGAGCUAAACACCAAGGAGCCAUAUCAGUGUGCUUGGAGCUCAAAGAACAGACUCAGGUUUGGCUGCUAGUGCAAGGAAUAAGGUCUGAAGACAAGAAUACCUGCUAACAGGAGAGGGAAACAUUAGUAACAUUUUCUGUGAGAGUAAUUGAUCACAGUGGCUCCAUUUACACUCUUCUACUAAUUGUCAUGGCAAAGAUUGCUGGUUUACACAUACAGCUCUAAAUUUGACUUGGUUAUGGUAUGGCACAAAAUGCAAGACCUCUGGGACCAAAAGAACCCAGAAGAGCUGGGAUAAACUGUGGUGGCAGUGAUCUAUCCAGGGCAGCAGCACUGAGCAUUAGCUUCCCCCAUGCCAGGUCUCCCUUAUCAAAUCUAAGCUCUAAGUUGACACAGUUAACUUUCUCAUCUGAGGCAGAAAUUGCACCCUGUGCCUGGGAAAUCUUUCCUAACAUAUUUAAUUAACUGCUGAGAAAGUUUAUGCUCUCUCCUUGUUGGUAAUUUGGGCAGUGUGAAUCAGAAAACAGAGUGACAAACAAUUCCAGGCUCUCUCCUGGUACACUCAGCAGUGGAACAGCCACUGCACCUGUCAGAGAUUGUGGAACAUGUUAUUUCUCUUUCCAAAUGCUGAACCCAUCCCUGGAGCUGGCAUUGGCAAGAGGACAAGCCUGGGCUCCCAACUGUUCCCCAGACUGUCAAGAGCAGGAUAAUAAGAUGAUUAUCAUCCCUCUCCUCAUUUAACCACAACUGAGCAAGGCCAAGCAAGGGAACAGGAAUGAGGCUUAUUCCAACUGAACCAAUCAAUUCCUUGUCUAGAAGUUCCCCCUGCGUGACCUCAGGGAUUUCAGCAGCCCUGCACUGCUUUGGAGCACUGCUUUCGUGCCCUCAGCUGUUCUUUGUGCAGAUUGCCCUCCCUCCCUCGCAGUAAGCAGCACUGGCCUCCACGAGCAGCUCUGAAGCCCAGAGGUUUCUCCAUCAGGCUCAGGGUACAAGUGCUGAUCUCUGCCCCGUUACACUGUCUCCCUUCUCUUGGCAUUUCUAAAAGCUACUGCACUAAGUUGCUGAGAGCCAGCACCAUCAGAUCUGCCUCACAGACACUAAAUAGCUUCCAACUGGAAGUUAUUUGCUGGGUACAGGGUGAAGCAUGUGAUCAAUAUUUCAAUAGCCUCAUGUAACAUAAGAUGAGAAAGACUCCAGAACAUUUAUUCCCUCACCUUGAAAACUGAGAACUUGCAGUGCACAGGAUUUUAAACAGGAUACAGUGACAGGGUGAGAGCCCAUGGGACAAAUAAGGCAGUUUGUAUUUUCAUUGCCACCUAACCACCGGCUUGGAAGCUAACUGAAAACCAGCCACAAAAUUAUCAUCUUUAUUCCUUCUAUAAUUUAGCAUUAUGAUCUGCAGAUAAAGAACUAAUAAAGAGAGUCAGAGUUUGUUAUUAACACAACAUCCCACUGAAAUCAUCUGGAAUCCUCCCACUGAGUUCUAUGUGUUCCAAGCCACAGUGUUAGAAAAGUAAACAUGAACAUAAGUAGCAGAAAUAAUUUCAGAAUGCCUGGGCUGAGCAGCAAAGAGACCCUCAUAGGAAGUGGUGAUGGAAGGGGCACAGCAUUCCCUCCUCCACAAGUGCCACAGGGUACAGAAGCUGCAGGAUCAGUAACUGAAGGUUUUAGUGAACAAACCUCACUAACCAAGCCAGCGCUGUACUCUGAGGACUCCCAGAGCUGUCAGCUCUGCAGUGAACUCCUGCCCUGCCCUGGGCCUCCCCUGACUCUGGGGAUCCCAGCUGCCACCCUGGGGAGCACUUGUUGGGAGUGCAGAGCUGCUGGACUGCCCCUCCACCCCUUCUCACUGUGCCACAUCCCUGGCUGAGGAGCGCCUCCCUCUUCCUCAGUAACUCUGAAAUCACCUUUACCUCAAGUCAAGUUAAAGUCAGGGGCAUACAAGAAAUUUGUACUUACAACAUCCAAAAAUUAAACAGUUUUAGGAAAAACUUGGGACAAAGAUAAAAGAAAAAACCAAACAAAACCCCCCCCCCCAAACCCCACAACCAAACUUAUAUUGACAUUACUCUCAUACCUGAAACACCCCUCUCCCAAAACCCAGUUAACCUGCUGCAGACCCUUUCCUGAGGCUGUUUCUCUAUGUAGCAUUGAUAUGAGCUGCAUUCAACAGAGAACUUCUUGGCAAAACACAUCAGCUUUUGUCACUAUUUGUCUUGAUAAGCCUUGCUGACAAUUUGGGAUUUUCUUCCCUUGAAAACAACCACACCAAAAGAGACUCAGCUUUCCUCCCAAGUCUCUUCUCCAAGGACACAGUAUCAAGGACCUAACAGUUAUUUCAUGGAUUUUCUCCUUGAUGAAAAGGCCUAUUCCUAAGAGUGCAUAUUAAUUGGUAGAAAGAGUCAGUGUUGGUUUUGACAAAGCACUUAUAGAAAGAGUAUAAAGAAGAGUGAAAAAACCUAAACCAGUUUAUAAGCUGUACAAUGAUGUGAGUGACACCAACAGCUUCAUACAGCAGCACCAAAACCAGAAACAGAGCAGAUUCCAGGAAAAUCAGGAGGAGGAGCCAUGUGGUACCUGCCAGCACAGUCCUGAGGAGGCUGUGCUGCUGUGAGACACAAAGGCUGUCUCAAGGAGCAGACUACUUCCCUCCCUUGAGAGGGCACCGCUGGAGCAAUGCCCCCACCACAGCUCCCAAGAGGACCUUCAGAAUUAGCCACAUGUGUGUCAUUCUCCCAAGCUGGCAGGUCUGAAUAAGGAGAUUUUGGGUGGAAUGCACAACACAGCAGAUUUUUUGCAGUAGCAUCAGAAUCCAGAGAGAUGAACAGCAGUGAUAAUUACUUCCCCAGUACAAAGGCUUAAGUAAAAGCCAGGCAAUCCUGAAGCACACCUUGCAGCUGAAGCCAGGCUGUCACCAGCGCAGCUCCCCCUGAUGCCAUCAGGACUCCAGGGCCAUGCAGCCCCUGUGGUGCACAGCCUCCCUCCAGAGGUCAGCUGUGGGACAGCUUUGGCAUCCACAGAGGAAACCCAGCACAAUGCAGAGACAGCCAGCGGAACAGAGGAGGGCGGAGGAUGGUCCCACAUGUUCCGGGAGCGACUGAGCAGUGCUCUCAGCCUGGCACCUUCUGCUAGCACCAAACAAAACUUCACAGCCUUUGUAUUUUGAAUAUUUGGAAGCACUCGUUCAGCAGUGAAACAUUUUCAUGUGCAAUUAGAUGAUUUUGGAGCUGCAAAGUGAGCAUGUCAGUAAUGGGGACUUUACCUAUCACGGGGAAGAAUGUAUGUUGCAGGAACAAUUGAGGUUAAUGCUUAAGAGUACAUAAAACAAGGGGGAAACAGUAAUAAAUGUCAGUAAUGAA